AUGGAAAUUUUGACUUUGUUGAAGGCCAUUAAGAUGGCGUCGUUCAUUGCUUUGUUCGUAAUUCUACUCUUCCAUGGGUUGGUGGAAGGCUGUGGUCUCGAAGGCAGCAAAAGUCCGUCACCCGUACAUGACAAGGUACCUGACUACUUCGCCAUUGAUAUUGAUGGCACCUUCUUGACCCGUGAUAGGGACGCUAUGAACAAGAACAUUAAAGCUUUCAGAAAAGCUUUGGAUGCUGGCCAUCGUCUGUUCUUCGCCACUGGUAGAGGUAUUGCGGGUGCCGAACACGCUUUCUCUCGUGAGGAUUUUGAUGCUAUGGGUUACAACGGAUACCCCGGUGUCUAUUUAGAUGGUGCUAUUGUUUACGACGAUGCAGGUAAUGUGUUGAGCACCGCACAUUUGAACUCACGUAUCGUAAAACAAUUGGCUUUAUUGGCCAAGAAGAACUGCUACAGGUACAAACCAUUAAUGGUGACAUCCACAGGAAUGUACCUUGUCUGUGAGAUUGGUCUGUUCUACAGGGAAUUGUACCGUCGUUACGUUCUAUCAAAUGAUCCGGUAGUGAUAGAUGUUGAUGAAAUUGAUAAUCACAAAUUCAUCUAUUUCGUGAGCGAUCAUCUGGAUGAAUUGUUGCGUCAGGUUGACGGUCUCCCCGGUGUGGAUUACAAUGUAGUGCCAGUUGGUGGUACCUACAUGAAGAUCACUCCCAUCAACACUAACAAGGCAGUUGGCAUCGAUAUCUUAUUGAGGCAUUACGGUACGGAUAUGUCCAAUUGUGGUUGUAUCGGUGACCAUUACAACGAUUUAGAGAUGUUUGGCAAAGUUGGUGUAUCUUAUGCUGUGGGCAAUGCCGUUCCUGCCGCUAAAAGGGCUGCUAAACACACCAUUGAGGAAACCAAUAACGAAGCUGCUUUUGCGAAGGUCAUGGAACGCGUAUAUGGCAUAGUGGAGGCCGCCGCGAAAAACCGCAGGGCUCUCCGGAAGCUCAUUGAAGCUGGGUAUCAACCUUUAUUUUGCACAGGUCGACCUUUAUAUUCGGCAGUUGAUGUGUUACGCGAGUUAAGUACUGAGGGUGUCUACAAAGGUUACCCAGGUAUCUAUGACAAUGGUGGUAUUGUAUUUAAUAAGGAAAACAAGGUGAUCCACACAAGUUUGUUCAGCAAGGAAUUUGUGUCUGAGAUCUGCGAUAAGGCUAUAGAAACUGGUCUUGAGAGUACGGUUUUAUUUUUAUCUAGUUCUGGGCUGUAUUCCCUUGUUAGCAAAUGUGAAUGUUAUGAUCGCCUUGUAGAUAUAUGGGAGAUGAAUAUUGAAUUGCGUGUAGCUACUAAAGAUGAGAUUUUGGAUGCUGGUAUCAUUCAGAUUAUGGUAUCAAGAUAUCAUGAGCUUAUGGACCAAAUCUCUGCUAAAGAGGGUGUUGAUUUCAUCAACAAAAUGGGUACCUGCAAGAUCGGCGAUAUGAACCCACUUGGCACUACCAAAGCGGCUGGUUUGAAAAUAUUUCUAGAUAGCUGUGGAGCCGACUUCAAUGACUGCUGUUACAUUGGUGAUGGUUUAAAUGACACUGAGGCUAUGGAAGCUGCACAUAUAUCUUUUGCUGUGGCAAAUGCAUCUGAUGAAGUGAAGAAACACGCAAAGUAUGUGUUAAAACUGACUAACGAAGAAGCUGCUUUCGCCGAAGUGGUGAAACUGGUAUACGGCAAAAAUUGCCUCUGUGGUAAGUUAAUACCAUCGUUUAAUUCCCUAGUUUCGGCGCCUAAACAUUUUGCGGUGGACAUAGACGGAACCUUCCUGACGGCCGAUGACGCUGCCCUCGCGGAGAACAGGAAAGCCUUUGCCAAUGCGCUUAGAGCCGGAUACAACGUGUUCUUCUGCACAGGGCGACCCUUGGUAAGCUCUCUAGUUGCCUUGGGUAACGACUUUGUACAAGAGACUGGUUACCGAGGUUACCCUGGUAUCUACCACAAUGGCGCGGUCGUCUAUGGAAAAUCCGGCAAUGUUCUUCGUAUGGAGAAGUUCAGCGAGGAUUUCCUCUCUGGAUUCUGCUCUUAUGUUGAAGCUAACAGAUUUGAACGUUAUGUCGGUUUUUGCGACAUGCAUCACACGUAUAUGCUUACCGAUGACAGCAGCCAAAUGAAGGCGGCUAUGGACGAUGUAGACAUCUACGAACCUCCUAUAGUCGUAACACCCUCAGAACUGCUGACCAAGGAUAUCACACUGAUGAUGCUGCGCAAACAGGAGAUCAUCACUGGCCAGCCCCAAUUGUCUAGGGGUGUUGACUAUAUAAUGAAAGAAGGCUCGCUUGGUGGUUGGGAUGUAACUACAUGCAACAGCACAAAGGCCGAUGGUCUCAAAAUACUGUUGGAUAGUUAUGGUUCAUCCGAGAUUGACUGUGGUUUCAUUGGUAAUGGUACCAAUGACAUUGAGGCCAUGGAACUGUGCGCCAUGUCCUUCGCGGUGGGAGACGCCGAUCCUGGUGUGAAACAGCACGCAAAAUACGCUUUAAACGAGUCACACCAUGAAGGGGCGUUCCGUCGCGUGAUUGAAGUAAUCUACGGUGUGUCUUGA